GGUGCUAUUUAAAAUUCCAAUUGAUUUGAGUUAAAAAAGUUAUAUCAUCGUUAUUUUGAUGUUCAUCUACAUUGCUAGCUAAGAUAAGAUGUAUCCACAAUUUUAUUUUAUUUUUACUUUUUUCGUUUUCCGAACAAUCAGUUCACGUGAAUUCUUACCUGGAUUCGGUGAAUACAACGGAAAGUUAACAUCACGUUAUUCUACUGAACAUGGAUGGAAAUUUCUAGAUGACACGGAGUAUAAUUUUACAUUCCCACUGAGGCUUUCACAUUGGAUCGGGGAUAAACUUCAAUAUAAUCAAAUGGUAAUUCGCACUUUUCCCACGGAAAACAAUUAUUACAAGGAAAACACUAAACUUACCAAGAAUAUAAGUUUGGAAAUGGAAACUUCUUGUGGUUCUUCAAAGUCAGCAUUUGAUAAAUCAGAUGUUGUUACAUUGACUUUGAUGGAGAAACAGAACAAUAACUCAGUUUUCGUUAAAACAAUUCAAAUCGAUCCAUUAUCAGUCGACUUUUACAGUCCUAAACUAACCAUGAAACAGUUCAAGAUGUUAACUGCAGAGGAAAUAAAGAAAAGAGCAGAGUUUUGUAAUGAAUUGUGCAAAAAAACAACGGAUCAACUUUUGAUGAACGUGAUCUUUUGAUCUGUCCAAAAAGCACCUGUACAUGCAAUGAAAGGAUUGAAGAUGAUGUACAAAGUUAUGCUGAAAUGGAAAAGUUUGUCAAAAUAAUUAAAUAUCUCGAACUGUUUCAGGAUAGGUCUUCAAACUGUCUAUUAGGAUUACUUUUGCUCAGAUAUAGUCCUCGAGGUAUCGUUGAACUGGACAACAAAACUGCUUCAUCUUUUCCAGAUCUCAAUAAUAAUCACUAUUUUAUCGCUUCUUUUACCGAUACAAAAAGACGGAAGAGUUCAGCGAUGAUACUGAACAGUUAUAAAAUCAUUUGAAUAUGUUUUAUCGAGAAAUUCAAAUUUAAAUCUGUCUCACUCACAAAUGAAUGCUUGCAUUUAAAAUUGAAUAAAUGACCGAUUAUGAAAUUGUGUAUCUUAAUUUAUAUGUCUAUUGAUUCCCUAUGGUCUGGUCUGUAAAAUUCAAAAAAAAUUUCGGUUCCGAUUCAUCAUCCCAAUCGAACUUAAGGCUGUCAGUUUUUUGACCGCUACUGUACUGUAACAACUCAUGUAGUUAGUUAUUGGACUGUUGGUAACAAAAGACUCAUUAUUUUGGUUAUGAUUAUUACUGAUGAC